AUGGAAUGUGAGGAUACCGAUGCAUUUUGCAGACAUUUAAUGGAAUGUGAGGAUACCGAUGCAUUCUGCAGUAAGUGGAUUGCAGAAAACAGCAGCAAAUGCUACAUGGUUGACGAGCUUCCCAACACCUACUGCAGGAAAAGUUGUAGCCUGUGUAGCACCACUAUUUCCAUUCCACAACAGUAUGAUCUGAGAAGAGUGCCAAUGGCUCUAAUAUCAGUGGCGUUUUUGAUCGGUCGAUGGCGCUCCGAGUUCGGUGGCAAAGCGCUUUUCCCAACGAUCCCAACGUUCACUUAUGGUGAAGAACUCAGUUUUGAACUAAUCACGAGAGACAGACGCGUACUCAGUGCACUCAAAUACACGGCGUUUGCAUGGGAUAACUGGGAUUUGAAGGAGUUACAUAGCGAGUACGGCUUCUUGAGCGUGGCCAAUGACAGUGGCACCAACAUUAUCUUAUUGAACACGGUUAUGAGUAAUGGUGAAUAG